GUAGAAAGUGUCAGUUCAUCAAAAACUUUUAUUAUUAUUUGAUCUAAAAAAAGUUUAAAAAAUCGAUCGAUUGAAAAUGGUAUCGUUCAGUUGGAGCAUGUCGUCCCUUGUGCUAGUCAUUUUAACGGUUAUGAUUCUACCACUGUCGCCGGUGUCAGCAUCCGGUCCCUCAUCUCCAGUCCCCAAUAUGAACCCAAUAGCAGACAGCCCACCACCAGCACCAUUAAGAGCACCAGUACAACCAAAUCGUGUGAUUAAUAUGCCAGCUGAAAAUUUAUUGGAUAGAAUAAAUGCUGCAAACCAUUCGCCGUUAGUGCACUCGCAUUCAGCGCAUGGUCCAGUACACGGUAUUCUGACCAAUCGAGUCCGUGUAAAUCUUAUAAAAUCGUUCAAUAAUGCUGAUCCAAAAUUGAAUGCAAAUAAAAAAGCAUCAUCGAGCCAUUCAGCUCAUAAUCCAGACAAAACUACCGGCAAACGUUUGCGUCAAUAGCACGAAGGAGAUACAAAUUGCGACGUCAACACAAAAUUUAAAAUCGAUCCAUUUUAUAAAAUAAUGUCAACAAGCUAAAAAUUAUUGGUUUCUUGAAAUUGAAAAAUGUUUUUUCAACCUUCGUAAAAUGGCAAUUUGUAUGAAAAUCAUAUGGUUUCCUCAAACUUUUACACGCUAGUGUAAUUUAAUUGUUCAAUAAAGAAUUAAAUUCUUAAUAAAUAAAAA